GCCCCGCGGCCGCCUCCCUGCGCCGGGGAGAAGCUCCCGCCCUGCGGAGCGCGGGGACCCCUCUUCGUCCUGCUGCUCGCGACGGGGGUCGCCGCCAGGCUCGCCGAGUGCGGGGGCCGGAGCGCAGGGGCCCGCCAUGGCUCAAGCGGCCAAACAGCUCAAGAAGAUCAAAGACAUCGAGGCGCAGGCCCUGCAGGAGCAGAAGGAGAAAGAGGAAUCAAGCAGGAAGCGCAGGAACCGCUCCCGCGACCGAAAGAAGAAGGCUGAUGCUGCCACCAGCUUUCUGAGAGCAGCCAGAUCAGGUAACUUGGACAAGGCCUUGGACCACCUGCGGAAUGGGGUAGACGUGAACACCUGUAACCAGAACGGGCUCAACGGCUUGCAUCUGGCUUCCAAAGAAGGCCACGUGAAAAUGGUGGUCGAACUGCUGCACAAAGAGAUCAUUCUAGAAACGACGACCAAGAAAGGGAACACGGCCCUGCACAUCGCUGCCCUGGCGGGUCAGGACGAGGUGGUCCGCGAACUGGUCAACUAUGGCGCCAACGUCAACGCCCAGUCACAGAAAGGCUUCACACCCCUCUACAUGGCCGCUCAGGAGAACCAUCUGGAAGUGGUGAAGUUUUUGUUGGAAAAUGGAGCCAACCAGAAUGUGGCCACAGAAGACGGCUUCACCCCCCUGGCCGUGGCGCUGCAGCAGGGCCACGAGAAUGUGGUGGCCCACCUCAUCAACUACGGCACCAAGGGCAAGGUGCGCCUGCCCGCCCUGCACAUCGCCGCUCGCAACGACGACACCCGCACGGCCGCCGUGCUCCUGCAGAACGACCCCAACCCCGACGUGCUCUCCAAGACGGGCUUCACCCCCCUCCACAUCGCAGCCCACUACGAGAACCUCAACGUGGCCCAGUUACUCCUCAGCAGGGGGGCCAGCGUCAACUUCACUCCCCAGAACGGCAUCACGCCACUGCACAUCGCCUCCCGCAGGGGGAACGUUAUCAUGGUGCGGCUCCUGCUGGACCGCGGAGCCCAGAUAGAAACCAGGACCAAGGAUGAAUUGACACCUCUCCACUGUGCAGCUCGCAACGGGCACGUGCGCAUCUCAGAGAUCCUGCUGGACCACGGGGCGCCCAUCCAAGCCAAAACCAAGAACGGCUUGUCCCCGAUUCACAUGGCGGCUCAGGGAGACCACCUCGACUGUGUCCGACUCUUAUUGCAAUACAACGCAGAGAUCGAUGACAUCACCCUGGACCACCUGACCCCGCUGCACGUGGCAGCCCACUGCGGCCACCACCGCGUGGCCAAGGUCCUUUUGGAUAAAGGUGCCAAACCCAACUCCAGAGCCCUGAAUGGCUUUACCCCCUUACACAUCGCCUGCAAGAAGAGCCACAUCCGUGUCAUGGAGCUGCUGCUGAAGACGGGCGCCUCCAUCGACGCCGUCACCGAGUCCGGCCUCACGCCUCUCCAUGUGGCCUCCUUCAUGGGCCACCUGCCCAUCGUGAAGACUCUCCUGCAGCGGGGGGCGUCGCCCAACGUCUCCAACGUGAAAGUGGAGACCCCACUACACAUGGCAGCCAGAGCAGGACACACAGAAGUAGCCAAAUAUUUGCUCCAGAACAAAGCCAAAGUCAACGCCAAGGCCAAGGAUGACCAGACCCCACUCCACUGUGCAGCUCGCAUCGGCCACACAAACAUGGUGAAGCUCCUGCUGGAACACAACGCCAGCCCCAACCUGGCCACCACUGCCGGCCACACCCCUUUGCACAUUGCGGCCCGGGAGGGCCACGUGGAGACAGCCGUGGCCCUGCUGGAGAAGGAGGCCUCCCAGGCCUGCAUGACCAAGAAAGGAUUUACCCCCCUGCACGUCGCGGCCAAGUACGGGAAGGUUCGGGUGGCGGAGCUGCUGUUGGAGCGGGACGCCCAUCCCAACGCGGCCGGAAAAAACGGCCUGACUCCCCUGCACGUGGCUGUCCAUCACAACAACCUGGACAUCGUCAAGCUGCUGCUGCCCCGGGGCGGCUCCCCGCACAGCCCCGCCUGGAACGGCUACACCCCCGUGCACAUGGCCGCCAAGCAGAACCAGAUGGAGGUGGCCCGCAGCCUGCUGCAGUACGGGGGCUCAGCGAACGCCGAGUCGGUGCAGGGCGUGACCCCCCUGCACCUGGCCGCCCAGGAGGGCCACACGGACAUGGUGGCCCUGCUCCUGUCCAAGCAAGCCAACGGCAACCUGGGCAACAAGAGUGGACUCACGCCCCUCCAUCUGGUGGCACAGGAAGGCCACGUACCGGUGGCAGACGUGCUGAUCAAACACGGUGUCCUGGUCGACGCCACCACCCGGAUGGGGUACACCCCUCUCCACGUGGCCAGUCACUACGGAAACAUCAAGCUGGUGAAAUUCCUGCUGCAGCACCAGGCAGAUGUCAACGCCAAGACCAAGCUGGGAUACACCCCCUUGCACCAGGCGGCCCAGCAAGGACACACAGACAUCGUGACUCUGUUGCUAAAGCACGGAGCUUCCCCCAACGAGGUCAGCUCGAACGGAACCACUCCUCUGGCGAUAGCCAAGCGCCUGGGCUAUAUCUCCGUGACAGACGUGCUGAAGGUGGUCACGGACGAGACAAGCGUGGUGCUGGUUGGCGACAAGCAUCGGAUGAGCUUCCCGGAGACGGUGGAUGAGGCCCUGGACGUGUCUGAAGAUGAAGGCACUGCUCACAUAUCUAUAAUGGGGGAAGAACUUGGGGGCUCCAAGGCCGAGAAGCCGGAUGCCAGGGAUUUGGAUGAGGACAAAGAGCUGCUGGACUUCGUGCCAAAGCUCGACCAAGUGGUGGAGUCUCCAGCCAUCCCCAGGAUCCCGUGUGUCACGCCGGAGACCGUGGUGAUCCGUUCGGAGGAGCCAGAGCAGGCCUCUAAAGAGUAUGAUGAAGACUCACUUAUCCCCAGCAGCCCAGCCACAGAGACCUCAGACAACAUCAGCCCCGUGGCCAGUCCGGUCCACACAGGGUUCCUGGUGAGCUUCAUGGUGGACGCCCGGGGGGGCUCCAUGAGGGGCAGUCGCCACAACGGACUCAGAGUGGUCAUCCCACCGCGCACGUGCGCCGCCCCCACGCGCAUCACCUGCCGCCUGGUGAAGCCCCAGAAGCUGAGCACGCCGCCGCCGCUGGCCGAGGAGGAGGGCCUGGCCAGCAGGAUCAUCGCCCUGGGGCCCACGGGGGCCCAGUUCUUGAGCCCUGUGAUCGUGGAGAUCCCCCACUUCGCCUCGCACGGCCGCGGGGACCGGGAGCUCGUGGUUCUGAGGAGCGAGAACGGCUCGGUGUGGAAGGAACACAAGAGCCGCUACGGAGAGAGCUACCUGGACCAGAUCCUCAAUGGCAUGGACGAAGAGCUGGGCAGCCUGGAGGAGCUGGAGAAGAGGCGCGUGUGCCGCAUCAUCACCACCGACUUCCCGCUGUACUUCGUGAUCAUGUCGCGGCUGUGCCAGGACUACGACACCAUCGGGCCCGAGGGCGGGGCCCUCCAGAGCAGGCUGGUGCCCCUGGUGCAGGCCACCUUCCCGGAGAACGCCGUCACCAAGAGGGUGAAGCUGGCUCUGCAGGCCCAGCCCGUCCCCGAUGAACUGGUCACCAAACUCCUGGGCAACCAGGCCACCUUCAGCCCCAUUGUCACCGUGGAGCCCAGGCGCCGGAAGUUCCACCGCCCCAUCGGGCUGCGGAUCCCACUGCCGCCUUCCUGGACCGACAACCCCAGGGACAGCGGAGAGGGAGACACCACCAGCCUGCGCCUGCUCUGCAGCGUCAUCGGAGGAACGGACCAAGCCCAGUGGGAAGAUAUAACAGGAACAACCAAACUCGUGUAUGCCAACGAGUGUGCCAACUUCACCACCAACGUGUCGGCCAGGUUCUGGCUGUCGGACUGUCCUCGGACGGCCGAGGCCGUGAACUUCGCCACGAUGCUGUACAAGGAGCUCACCGCUGUGCCCUACAUGGCCAAGUUCGUCAUCUUCGCCAAGAUGAACGAGCCGCGGGAAGGGCGGCUGCGCUGCUACUGCAUGACGGACGACAAGGUGGACAAGACCCUCGAGCAGCACGAGAACUUCGUGGAGGUGGCCCGGAGCAGGGACAUAGAGGUGCCCGUCAAAAAGGCCGCACAGCAGCGCAGCUUCCUCUUCCAGUCCUUCCGCGAGAACCGCCUGGCCAUCCCCGUGAAGGUGCGCGACAGCAGUCGGGAGCCGGGAGGGUCCCUGUUGUUCCUGCGCAAGGCCAUGAAGUACGAGGACGCCCAGCACAUCCUCUGUCACCUCAACAUCACCAUGCCCCCCUGCACCAAGGGGGCCGGAGGCGAGGACAGGAGGAGGACCUUGACCCCGCUGGCCCUGAGAUACAGCAUCCUCAGUGAGACUCCAGGCUUUCUCAGUGGCACAGAGCGAGAGUUGGCUCGGGAGCUGCAGUUCAGCGUGGAAGACAUCAACAGGAUCCGCGUGGAGAACCCCAACUCCCUGCUGGAGCAGAGCGCGGCCUUGCUGAACCUCUGGGCCUUCCGUGAAGGCAAAAACGCAAAAAUGGAGAACCUGUACGCCGCCCUGCGCAGCAUCGACCGCGGCGAGAUCCUGACCCUGCUGGAAGGUUCCGGCAGACAGAGCCGCCACCUGAAGCCGGACCGGCGGCACGCAGACCGGGACUACUCGGUGUCGCCCUCGCAGAUGAAUGGUUACUCUUCGCUGCAGGAUGAGCUGCUGUCCCCCGCCUCCCUGCACUUCGCUCUUCCCUCUCCGCUGCGUGCAGACCAGUACUGGAACGAGGUGGCCGUCCCAGACGCCAUCCCCUUGGCGGCCACGGAGCAUGACGCCAUGCUGGAGAUGUCUGACAUGCAGGUGUGGUCGGCGGACCUCACGCCCUCCCUGGUCACUGCUGAGGACUCCUCUCUGGAGUACAGCAAGGCCGAGGACUCUGACGCCACCGGCCACGAGUGGAAGUUGGAGGGGGCGCUCUCGGAGGAGCCGCAGGGCCCCGAGCUGGGCUCCCUGGACCUCGUGGAGGACGACACGGUGGACUCAGACGCCACCAAUGGCCUUAUCGAUUUGCUUGACCAGGAGGAAGGCCAGCAGAGGAGGGCGCAAGCUCGAUUCACAGACUCGCCCUCAGUGAGUCAGGUGCUGGAGAGGAGCCAGGACAGACUGCAAGACUGGGACAGGGAAGGCUCCAUCAGCUCCUACCUGCAAGAAGCUGCACAGAUGUCCUGGCCAGAGGAGCUCCCACCCGGGCCCAGGACGACGUCCACCUCCACGGGCAUGGAAGAUGAGAAGGCGCCGGUGUCUGUGAGCGAGGCCCCGGCCGACAGGGAGCGGGCGUCGGGGGCCGAGGGCACCUUCUCCCAGCAGGCACAGGGGAGUGAGCUUCAGAAUAUUCCAGGGGAGCAGGUGACAGAGGAACAAUUCACAGAUGCCCAGGGCAACAUUGUCACCAAGAAGAUCAUUCGCAAAGUUGUUCGGCAGAUCGACUCGUCCGAGGCCGGGGACCCCCAGGAGCACGAGGAGGUGAUUGCUGGGAGGCCCCUGGAGGGCGCUAGUGAGCUGGAACCCGACAUCGAUUACUUAACAAAACUCGCCAAGGUGGAGCUGAGAGGGAGUGGCCUACAGCCAGACCUGCUGGAGGCCAGGAAGGGGGCUCAGAUAGUGAAACGGGCCAGCCUGAAGAGGGGCAAGCAGUGAUGCGCAGCUUCUGUCCCCUUGGACUAGCCUCUUGGGAGGAUCUCACGUCGACACCCAACCCCUGAACUCCACACACCCUGCCCUGCACACCGGGAGGAGCGCCGGAGCGGACCGCGACCCGUGACCGUGACCCGUGCCGAGGGCCUCCGUCGGGGUCAGGGCAAGGGCAAGGGCAAGGGCGGCGAGGCUGGGCGACAGGGGCGGGCGCAGCAGCACACGUGGACACACAAGGGCUCCUUCGCGGCCGCCGAGGGCCCCGGGGCGUUUCCAUCUUGACUUCGUACAGGGUACUUUCUUUUCCAGCUUCCUCCGCGAGAAAUCCACCAUGGCUUCCCGGAAGGGUGCAAGGGCGAGGGCGCGGGGACGGCCGCCGAGAACUAGGCCCGGGCCCCGCCGAGCCCCCUGGCCCCGCGUCCCCACGCGCCCGGCCCGCCCAGCCUCGCGCGCCCCGGACGGCGGGCCCCGGAGCGCGUGCGCGCACGUAGGCACGCACACGCACACGCAUGCGCACUCCACACGCACACCGACGCACGCCGCCUUCCGCCCGGAACUCACGCCGGCGUUGCUGUGACGGCGAAGCCGCGUGGAAGUUCCCGCGUGUGGAUCGCCGGGGAAGUUUUAUCUGUCUCUCUCUCUCUCCCCUUCACCUCCUCUCUCUGUGUCUGCCAGUUUCAGUAGCAAUCAUCUUCCGACGGAAAGCCCUUGCCCUCGAGGCUGUGUUCAGGGUCCCUUGCGGUGGGGACUUCCGGGGUGGCGGGCAGAGACCCCCUUCCCCGCCCCAGGGGGGUCGUCUCUCCCCUCCGAGCCGGGAAGGGCCGGGAUCGCACCAGCAUGCCCGCCAGGGAAGAGGCGAUUCUGCAUCUCGCAGCGCUGAUGGCGUCGCCCGCGUCCCGGGCGUGACGGGACACAGCCCUCAGCCGUGCGCGCACGGAAAUCAAUCAAUACUAUGCAAAGCGGGCAGCCGCGCGUCCGCGGCGGGGACGGCUGCGGGCUGCGGGGGCGGGGGCCCCGGGGGAGCGCGCGCGCGGGAAGGCACGCACGGGGCGGCGGGCUGACCCUCGCCCCCCUCGGGUGCCAUCAGGGAAGAGCCUUAAGCCCCCCGCAGCCGCCCCGCCGCGCUCCUCCGGCGAGAGGGAGGCCCCAAUCAGCAGCACAAAGCCGGCCCCCGCCGGGCUCCCGCCCUCCGCAGAGGCGCGGCUGCGGGCCGCUGCGGGACACUCUUCACCUUCCAAGUAGCACACACGCGCGCCGCGCACGCCCGACGCGGCGACGGCCCUUCCUCCCGACCCCGGGAGCCCCCCGCUAGCGCCGCGCGCGGGCCCGGCUCCAGCUCCGCUUUGGCACGUUGCGCUCCGCUGGCAUGGCUGCUUGGUCCACCCCGAUGCUAGUAGGAGCUGUCCGGGGCUGGGGGGGAGUAGCUCGGGGUCUCCACACGAUGCCUAGAGAAUGCUGCAGUCUGCACAUUAGACGCUUUUUAGAAGUUUUGAAAUGACCUGGAAUUUUUUUUUAAUUGUUAUGAUAAAUAAAUCAGUUCUGGACUCCCUCCCACAUGCUGUUACCGGGAGAGAGUCCCCCUCGCCCUCACUAUGAUGUAUAGACCACUCUCCCUACACCAGCUGAACAAAUGUCCAACUUAAUAAAGAAAUGGACCCACA